UUUGGCUGCUAACUGAAAGGUUCCCUGGGAACCAGGUGGUCAAAGGGCGCCGCGGUGUGGCAAGAGACCUCCUUCAGUGGAUUCUGCUGCACUCCAGGGACCCCAGCAGGAGCCAUGAAGCUGAAUGAGAGAAGCGUGGCCCACUAUGCAACCAGUGACUCCCCUGCGGACCACACAGGUUUCCUGCGCCUGUGGGGGGGCCUGGGGACCCCACCCACUGCUGGUGGUGCUGGCCGAAGAUGCUGGUUUGUCCUCAAGGGCAACCUGCUGUUCUCCUUUGAGAGUCCUGAGGGCCGGGCCCCGCUCAGCCUGGUGGUGCUGGAGGGCUGCACAGUGGAGCUGGCGGAGGCCCCAGUGCCUGAAGAGUUUGCCUUCGCUAUCCGCUUCGAUGCCCCUGGAGUGCGGCCCUACCUGCUGGCUGCAGAUGGGCCAGCUGCCCAGGAGGCCUGGGUGAAGGUGCUGUCUCGGGCCAGUUUCAGCUACAUGCGCCUGGUGGUACGUGAGCUGGAGAGCCAGUUGCGUGAUGCCCGCCAGAGCCUGGCCCUGCACCGCAGGUCACCGUGGAAGGCUGGUGCCACCGGCCGCUCUAAGCCCCAGGCUUCUGAGCACAGUUCUCGCUUAGAGAAUGGCCACUCCCCCUCCAAGGACUGCAGCCCUGGGGGCUCUGUUGAGGGAAGGGGCAGCAGGCUAUCAGGGUGGGCCUCGGCUGAGUGGGAGUUGCCAGGCCCUGCUAGCCUCCUCUUAGGCAGGGGACAGAGCCCUGUGUCCCCUGAGACCUCCUGCUUCUCCACACUGCAUGACUGGUAUGGCCAGGAGAUCCUGGAGCUGCGGAGGAGGUGGCUGCAGAGGGCCCAGGGGGGCCGGCCAGCACGUGAGAACAAGGACAGACCCUGAGCCUGGAGUCCGCCCUGUCCUGCUGGUCGGGACACCUGGGAUGUCCAGAGUGGAAUGUUUACUCUUUCUCAAGGUUGCUUUUGUGGGGAACCUGCUCCUUCCUUUACUGUAGGGCAUCUCCAGGUUUUAGAUCCACACUGGUAUCAGGAGGGGACUUAGGAAUCACUGCUUCCAGCUCCUUCAUGCCCUGAGACCCAGAGGGAAGGUGCCCCCCCCCCGCCAAUUCUCUCUUCUAAGAUUAAUAGCGGGGAAGAAACGAGAUGUUACGCGACCCCCGGCCGCCCCACCAUGCUCAUGUGGAGUCUCUUGUGCCUCUAAGUACCUGCAGAAGGCUGCCGUUUUGCUCAUAUGUCUCUUCAAGGGCCCUGCUCACCUGAGGGGCAGGAAGAUCAGGUCUGGACCACCCAGUCUGCCGUCUCCCUUUGGAGGGAGAGGGCUUUCAGCCAACUAGGGAUUUAUUCUGCUCCGGGCCUCCACCCCUCUCGCUCUGGCUGCGCUGUCAGCAGAAGGUUCUGGACCUUGACCCUGCAGGGCUGGUAGCUUUGAUGUCAGCAGUAACCCUGCUGUCUCAGCCUUGGGCUGCUGGAGGUGGGACUGCCCAGGGUGGAGUCAGGAGGAGAGGUGUGAGGCAGUGUGACUCCUGGGGGAGAGCCACUUGUUCUUCUGGUCUCUGUCCCCCCGACACCCAGGAGUGUGGCCACAGGCCUACUCCUUCCUGGGAUUCCAAAGGGGGCGUUUCUGCUUCUUAAACCACCUGGGAAGUCUUCACAGCUCUGCUUGUCUUCCAGCCAAGACUCCUUAUAGCCACUGAUGCCCUGCACGGUGCAGCUGGCUGAGCCUGGUCACACCGCCCUCCUCAGGCUCUCCCUCCAACUGGUGGCCUUAGGCAGCCUGACCUUGCCUCGAAUUAGGCUUGCGGCUGAAGCUCUGCACGAAUUCCCAGACCCUAUACCGGCUCCUCAGGAGGGGCCGCCUUCCUAGCCGGACCAGGAAUCUUACAGCCCGCUGCACUCCAUUUUAUAUACAGACGUCACCGGCCUUUAUUAUCUUUGCUAUUGUUAAUAAAGUUUUUUUAUUUUGUGUUUUUCAUCA